CUUUUAGAGUGUCUGGGCAAAUCUCUUCAACUGUCCCAUCUCACAUGCAAGCUGUGAGUGACCGGGUGACAGAUGAGAAGAAGCUGGUAGACUUCAUUGUAGAAGCACAAGGCUCCCAGCAGCAUUUGUCGAGGAUACUCCGUGGUAAUGAGCCUUCUAAGUGGCUGGAUAGAUUCCAGGAAAAGUCAUCUUUCCGAGUGCCUGUGUACCUGGAGUCUGACGAACAACAGGAUGCCCUUUUCUCAUAUCUUGAGAGAUUUCUGAGAACUGUACAAACAGCAUUCCCUAUUAGAGAUCGUGUGCAGUUCAUUCUGGAUGUCUUAUUCCCUGAGUCCAUCAUCCAUGCCCUGGCUGCUCUAUAAGGUGUAUCAGGACAGGAGGCAGAAGAUUUAUUUCUUGGUGGCCCAGAAUACAGAGUCGGGUAAAAGUCAAGUCUAUGAAUGUUUGAAGUAAGUGUUUGAACAAUUCUUAUUUAUUAUAGGGCAGCAAUUAAAGAAGGAGGGAAUGCUGUGAUAUCUGUUGGAAUAGAAGAUGAUGCUACUGCCCAGUGCUUCCAGAAUCCUUCAUUUGAGUCUUGGGUCUGAAUCUACUGCGUCAUUGCCAAGUAUUCUGGGGUAAUGUAUCUUGUUUUGUUUACAUUUUGUUUUUCUCCAUAUUCCAAGCUCAUUUACUUGACCUUAGCUUUAAUAAACUGGAUGGCUGUCUCCUUCACAAUUGAUUUGAAAGUACUUUACUAUUCAUUACAUAAAAAGCUCUGAACAAUUUAGUCCCUUCCUGUAUUUGGUACUGUCUCUCCCCCAACACUCCUCAUUUUAAUCUUUAAUCCACAACCAAUAUUGCCAACUAAUUUGCUUACGAAAGGACUGGUGAAGCAGCUUGCACAUGUAUACCAAAAAUAUAGAAUGCCAGCUAUAAAUGAAAAACCUAUCAAAAUACUUUUAAAACACCAUUUUUAAACUUCACCUCUGUUUAAUUCCCACUUCUAUCAGUUGUAAUGGUUUAUGACUUGAACUGCAUACACUUUGAAAGAUUUACACUAGAUAAUAACCAUUGUUUUUUUGCUUUUUUUUUUUGUCUGGUGAUGCCCUUUGCCAUGCACCCUGGUCAAGUCUUGUGCAACUGUCUGUGGUGCUGAAGAGAGAAGAUUUCUGAAGACCCCCUUGAAAUGGAGUGGCAUCUGGAUUAACACUACAACAAUAUGCUUGCUAAGAAUGUCCA